UUGACCUGAUUCCUCAACCGGCUGCGAGAGAAAAUGUGGAACGUCGCAAAACGUAUAAAUACCGAAGUCGGCCACGUCUUUCCUCAUUACGUGUUAAUAAAACUCCGAACGUGGGAGCGUUUUUAUUUGUGAUGUCCACGACAGGAAACGCUCUCCUGUUCCUGGCAGCGGUGGGCUCCGUAAUUGCCCCGAACCACGGCUACGAGGUUGCGGAAGGGCAGCGAGACGUCGACGUCGGAUACGAGUCAUCACCUACGCGGCCCACUUUUGGGGGAGGAAGACGGGAAGUCUACCCUGCUGUGAAAUAUGUGACGCCACAGAGCACCGGCUACGGCUUCGGGGCCUCCGAUCCCACCAGCUACUACGGGGAAGGAGACCACUUCGGUGGCGGGCAGGAUCUGCCUGGGAGAGUUAAAAUACAAGUGUAUAGGGGACCAAACUUGAAGUCGGACUACACACACUACGCACCAUGGGGAUAUUACGUCAUCCAGCCAAGUGACGGAAAAUGACGUGAUCUCCUGGAUUAGAAACAGAAUAAAGAUAAACUUAUCAGGUGCUACGAGGGUCAAUAUCCAACAGACUACACCAUUCAGUAUCCUCGGGACAGCCAGCAGCUUACGUGGGUUCAAUAAGUUUUAAUAAGCGCAUCCACAGUGACGACGUAGAAAAUAAAACUUGUUUUAGCCGUCAGAGUGGACCUUGGAGAAUUAUCUUCGUGAGGUUUGCCGACUCUGCAAUUGAAUUAGCCAAUGGCAAGCCAGCUACCAGUCACGCGACUCGAAGACGAGUCCCACCACCGGCCAGCACUGCGUUGCCCGUCGUGAGGAACCUUCAGUCGUGUUGCUUCUCUUCAACCGUCUAGUCCCGGCUGGUCGUCUAGAAGACUACACUAACCUAUACAAUAAUGUCUUAGGCACUUUAGCUAACUUUUUGCCUUGUUGUCAAUUCACUUCAAUUGAAUUGGUAGCAGAAUAUUAAGGUUUGCUUCAACAGGACUCAUCGUCGAUGAUCGAGCAGCAUUCGAACUUCGCGUUAGUUUGCUGGCUCUCAUCUUGAGUAAAUUGCUCGACCUGCAAAUGCGCCUGAUUCUACAUAAUCUCGUGCUAAGGAAGAGCAGACAGACCCAUUUUUU